AUGGCGGGCCCCAGGUGGGAACAGGCGCAGAAGGCAGUUAUGGGUGUGGUCCAACAAGCGGUGCGGUACAGCCGCAACGGCAUCGACUGCUUCUUCAUGAACUCGAAGCGAGUCGGCAAGGACUUGCGCGUCCCCGCCGACGUUGAGGAUCUCUUCGCGGGCCUGCAGCCUCGUGGUGCAACGCCUACUGGGUUGAGGAUUGAGGCGAUUCUCCGCGAGUACAUGUCGCGUCUCGAGCGCAGCGUGGCGACGGCGUUUGCCCGCCCGCUCGUUGGCCGUCUCCGCUCUCUUGCUGCCGACCCCUCGCUUGAUCGCACUUUGCUGAUGGAUUCAGCGCCGACCGAUGACCCCGAGAGUGUGCUCGUUUCUAUUGCUAAGCGGCUGGACAGGGGCGACUUCCCGCUGUCGCAGGUGGGCGUGCAGCUGCUCCAGAUCGGCGACGACGCGGAUGCGCGCGAGGCACUGCAGGAGCUCGACGACGGGCUAGCUGCCGCGCACGGCGUGAGAGACAUGGUCGACACGGUCCCGUACCGAGGCGAAGAGCUCACCUCGGAUCUGAUAGUCAAAGUACUCCUUGGAGGGAUCAACAGGCGUCUCGACCGGCGCGGCUAA